GUCAGCAGGCGAGGAUGGUGACUGUCUCCUAGCGCAGGCAGGCAGGGCGCUGGCAACAGAUCUCCUCCAGUUCUACUCGUUUGCCUCCUGCGCCAUGACGACAGCUUUUCUCAUCCCCGUAGUUCUGUCGCUAAUUUCCACAGGACUCUCACAAGGAGCAGCUUUACCUACACAGACGCAAUCAACGAUCCCACGCACAGACAUGCCGCCGACUGGAUCAUCAGACAUAAUAACACCACCAUUAACAAAUAUAUCCCUGACACAUCCAGCUAUAUCAGCUGAUGGAUCCACGUCACCAUCAUCAUCAUCAUCAUCAUCAUCAUCAUCAACAACAUUAUCAGCAAAAGCAACACCCAACACCACCUCACAAUAUGUGAUGGUCCUGUGUAGACCAACCACAAGCUCGAGAACAAAUAAAGGCAAGCCACUCUCACGUAACCUGUGGCUGAUAGCCUUCCUGUGUAUUGCUAUUUGCAUAGUAGUCGGGCCACUGGUGAUGCUGAUAGCCAAGUGUUUACCACCUGCUGAUGAAACACAGAUUUCUGAAGGAGCAGAUGACUGAGGACAUCCGCACCAAAGAAGAAGCUGACUCAAAGACAAAAAGACAGAUCAAUGCAAAAAUGGGACUUCAAAUACUUGUGUGUGUAUUCUAAUUGUGUAGGAGGUAGAACAAUAAAAGUGGU